UUCCGGUGAAAGCUUCCAACUUUAUUUCCUUUUUUUACUAAAUCCUUCACUGUCUUCAUAAAGAAACUUCAAAAAAAAGGCGGCGUCUUUUAGGGAACUUUUCCGUGGAGUUGAAGAAAUUGUAGAACAAUGGAGGAGAUGAAAGUGGAGAAUGAGUUGAACCUCUUUGGUUUGAAGAAAGACAAUUUGGCUAAACAGUUGGACAAGAUUCAUUCUCAUUCUUCUGAUAUACUUCUCUUCAGUGUUCUGUGGAGUGAUUUAUCAGAUUAUCUCAAUUCUGCUGAAGAGAAGGUAGAGAAGAGGUUUAGGGAGUUAAAGUUGAAAGAGGCUGAGUUGCAAAAUCAAAGCUUUGUGCUUGAAGAAAGGGGUAAAGUGGUUGAAGCAGCAGAAGCUGUGGCUGUUGAGUUAGAGGUGAAAUCUGAUGGGAUUAGGGUGGAAAUUGAAGCAAAGAGGAAGGAACUUGAUUUUGUUAGGAAUCAGGUUGAGGUUUCUCAAGAGGAGUUCAAUGUAGAGGAAGUUAGACUACAUCAGCUUAGGAAGUCGGUGGAGGAGUGUAUGGAAGAGAAAAGGUCAAAGGAAAGUGAGCUUAAUGAGAUGUUGGAAACGUUGAGGAAGACUCAGGUUGAGCUUGGUUUUAAAAGUGAGCAGUUGGCAGAUAUGGAGGCUGAUCUUGAGAGGUAUCGUACUGCUAUCAGUGCAGAGAUGGAGCAUUUGGGUAGAACUCAAACUCUCAGGAUAAAAUUGGAUGAGGGAGUUAAGAGAGAGACUGAAGAUCUCAGCCUUGUUCAGGACAAAAUUGCAGAUUGUGACAAGUUGCUUCAGAGACGGACUUCUGAUCUAGUAAAGACUCAGGAAGAGCUUGAUUUAAAGAGGGAAAACUUGGGGCAGAUGAAAGCUGAUCUUGAGAGGCUUCGUGUUGAGGUCAGUGGAGAGAAGGACCAUUUGGAAAUGACUCAAACUCACAGUAGAGAAUUGGACGAGGAGAUAGAGAGAAAGCUGAAGGAUCUUAGAGCGGUUCUUGAUAAAACUGCGGAAUGUGGGAAGCAGCUUGAAUCAGUGGAAGAAAAGCUAGAUUCCCAGCAGAAGCUGCUUGAUACACGAUCCUCAGAACUCGUCUCUAAAGAGAAAAAGUUGCAAGAACUGAGUCUUGACCUUGACUUGAGGGAACAGACGGUCAUAGCACUAAAUAAUGACAUGGAGGAGACUUGUCAACAUAUGGAAUCAAAAGCCAAGGAGCUGGAAGACAUUCACAAGCAAAUUGAGGAAAAGAGUGCUUAUUUUGAAUCAGUCAAUUUAUUGAUUGAGGAACACGCUGAAGAACUAUCUUCCAAAGAGAAGCAACAGGAUGAAAUAACUGAGACCAUUCGUAAACUAUCCUUGGAAGUUACCUUUAAAGAGAAAACAUUGGAAAGAGCUGAAGAUUUUAUCCAUCGGCUCUCUGAGGAGCAACAGUCAGCAGAGAAUAAACUGGAUUCAACUAGAAUACAUUUAGAAAGAUGCAUUGCUGAGCUUGAGUCAGCGAAAAUAGAACUUCUCUCUGUGAAGGAUACACAUAGAGAGUUACUCCAAGACCUGGACAUCAAAGAGAAGGAGUUAAAGUCCUUACAAGCAGUAAUCACUGAGAGAAAUAAACAAGUUGAAGAAAGAGAGAAGAAAAUGCAGCAUUUGAAUGACUCCAAUGAGGAACUUACCAGACAACUAAAGUUGAAAAAAGAAGAGGUUUGUUCAGUCAACAAGGCGAUCAGAGAAUGCUCAGGUGAGUUAGAGGCGAAGAGGAAACAUCGUGAUCAGGUUCAAAGCUCAGUUACUGACCUUACUACUCAGCUCAAAUCAAAAGAAUGUGAUCUUCAUUCUGUCAAGAAAAAGAUUAAAGGCAGCUUGAAAGACUUGCAAUCUAAAGAGGAGGAGCAAGUCAGAUUGAAAGCAUCGUUGAUGGAACGGGAGCAAGGACUUGAACUAAAAGAGAAGGAGCUUGAUGCACGUGAGAAAAGGAUCGAUAAAAAGGACCAACAACUGAAAUCUACAGAACAGAAGUUGGCUAAAACUUACAAGGAAAUUGAGCUAAAAGCAAAGCAACUGUCCAGCUUUUGUCAAAAGCGCACCCCGGAUAAACAUGGUGACUUAGUACGAGACGCCAAUGUAAACGACGAGAAAACUUUGCAGUUACUCUUACGUGGGCAUCUGAAGAAAUGUUCUCAGCUUUACCUUGAUGUUUUGAAUUCUCUAAAAGCAUCUUCUGACCCGGCAAAGCUUGUGUUAGAAACAAUACGAGGGCUUUACUCCACUCAGCAAAGGCUGGAAGAAACAAAUCUUGAUCCAAAUAUUGUUAGAAGUAGUAUCUGCUUGCUGGAAUGCUUUAUCGAUAUGUCACCAAAACCCAAUACUGAAGUACAAGGAGAAGCUUUCACAUUCGCCAUGGAAUGCAAGAACACAACUCUGAUUAAGGCAGAGAAUCCUGUGGAGGUGUUGGGUUUUCUUCACUUUCUUGCUGCAUUGAGUGUGACGUAUACUUUUGAUAACGACCAAGUUAAGAAUCUUUUAGACGACGCCUUUCUUCGCAAAUAUGCUCCGAGUCUAUGCGAAGUUCUUGGAGUAACAGCUUCAGCACCUGCCAACAAUGUGAUAUCAUUGGAUGAUAAGCCUGAACAGCAUCCCCCUGAAGCACCAAUCAACAACAGUAGUGAUUCUCGCUCCUUGAAUGUCCAAGAAAACAUGGCAUCAUCUCCUUUGGCUAAUGAAGGUGCCCUUAGGGACAUUGUAGGCUCACCUUCUUUCUCACCUAAUGAAGUCUCUACUGAACUGCCACUAUUAAAAGAUCCAGGCAGGUUUGUUCUAACUUCGGUCGAUGAUGCACUCACGGGUGCUAGUGAGAGAGGCGAAUUGAGUUUAGCAGAGCCUAUAGUUAAGACGUUGGUUCCCCUCUUGGAGGAGCUGACACGUGUUGUACGCUCUACCGACUCUGAACUACAAGCAGAUGCAACCAAAGUGGCACAUCGAUGGAGCUCGAUGAUGGGAGCUAGUGGUCUUAAGUCGCAGCUUGAGUCUUGGGCUUUUCUGCAAUUCAUUGUGGCCUAUGGAUUGGCAAAACAAACUAAUCAAAAUGAAACUUUACAUUUUGCCUCUUUCGUUGCUCACUUCAAACAAGCUCCAAAACUCUUUAGAUCUCUUGGUCUCACUUCUGCCAUCCCAAAUUUUGUUAAGGAGCUCCUAAUGAAAGCCAUAUAUAUUCCGGCAAUCCGGUUUAUGCUCUACUUCAACGUGAAGAGCAAGUUUUCUCCCUUGGCUUUCUUAAAGCAAGAGAUCAUGAAUCUUAGACGCUCUGCCAACGAAAAGAGAAGACUUGAAUCACAGGCUGAAGCUAUUAGAGAUGCUACUAAAAUGAGAGACAUAAUGGAUAUCAUUGAAGACUUCAAGCUGGAAGUUGAUCUUCCUGUGGAUCUUAUCCUCAAAUUCAUGGUUCAACGGGAAAUUCCAAAUCAGAACCAACAUGUUGUCUCAUCAUCUAUCUCAGGUCAACCAACGCAGACUCUUCCACGGGACAUUCCAAAUCAGAACCAACAUGUUGUCUCAUCAUCAAUCCCAGGUCAACCAACGCAGACGCUUCCGAGAUUUCAUAUGCAGGCACCACACACGGUCAUUCACAACUCAUACAUUGCCACUCAUAGCUCAUUCCCGUUCCUUCCAAGAAGCUUAGGUGCAGCACCAAAUCCACAGGUUGUUGACUUGGAAACACACCAAGCUGGUGAUUCAACUGCCUUCCACGGUCAAUCUUCAUAUCAGACUGGUAUUAAACGUCCAAGGGUGGAUCCUGGAGGUCCUAGACCAGUGAUAAAACCUUGCUUCAAUCCACCACCAGGUUAUGGUAGAUUCUAGUGUGUUUUUCCUCAAGGGCCAAAGCCGUAAAGCUAGCUAGACAAGUAGUAG